CACACUUUUUUGGAAGGAAGAGUGUGUGUCUGAUUUUGUAGAAAUCACGCAAAGGUGGGGCGCCUGUCACGAGCCCUGAUUUCGAAGUUGGUGGAAAGGAAGGGGGAAGGGGCUGCGGCGGAGGGGUACAAACUGCACAUCCGACCUCUUUGACAGGUCUGAGGAAAGAAAAAAAAAGAAAAAAGAAAAUCCAAGACACGGGCUGCUUCUGUCAAGUCAUCACUUACAAUUACUCAGCACGGAUUUUUAGGACAGCCCCGUAUCCUUACAAGGCUCGUGGACGAACUGCUGUACGCACGGGGCUCUAUAGUAGUUGAAGUGGACUAGUUUUCUUAGCGGAGGUGCGGAGUUUUUGAUUCAGGACUGGUGUAGGGGGGCUACUGAAUGGGAGCAGUCACUAGAUUCGUGUGAUAUCAACGCAAGCCACCCAGACUACCUACUACUGCCCAUCAUAUUUGACUUUUGGGGACGUUUGGGGCACAUAAAGAAAAAGACCACCUCUAUUCCUCCUGUUGUCCCCUUCCCCUUUCCUUCCUCACGGAUUCUUCAGACAGAGAAAUCCUCCAGAAAUGGCUCAGAUACUGCCGAUACGAUUUCAGGAACAUCUGCAGUUGCAGAACCUGGGCGUGAACCCAGCCAACAUUGGGUUCAGCUAUCUGACCAUGGAGUCGGACAAGUUCAUCUGCAUCAGAGAGAAGGUGGGUGAGCAGAACCAGGUUGUGAUCGUGGACAUGUCUGACCCCACCAACCCAAUCAGGAGACCAAUCUCUGCCGACAGUGCCAUCAUGAACCCCGCUAGCAAGGUCAUCGCCCUGAAAG